AUGGCUCCCAAGCAACGCGUUGUCGUACAAUCCUGCCCAGUGAAGAAGCGGCAGCCGGAAUCAGGUCUUUAUCAAAUCUACCACACCAUCACAUCUCCUGAUAAUGCAUCCAUUGUGAGAAGUGUGCUGGUAUUCGGGGCCGCUGUCGCAAUCUUGCAUAGCAGUCUGAGUGAGCUGCUUAUUCCUCAAUUGUAA